GAGUCAUUUCCAUCUAAGCCAUCCUAAGGGGAGUUGCCUCUGGGCCUCCCUGGCACCGGUGGGUGGGCCUGCUCACCAAAAGAUCUCACCGCGGCCAUGAGCGGUAAAGAAUGUUUCAAGUGUGGACGGUCUGGCCACUGGGCCCGGGAGUGCCCUAAAGGAGGAGCUCGAGGGCGAGGACCUAGAGGCCGAGGCAGAGGUCCUCAGUGCAGUUCCACCACCCAAUCUGACAUCUGUUACCGCUGUGGUGAGACUGGUCAUCAUGUCAAAAACUGUGACCUUCACCAGAACAUCUGCUACAACUGCGGGAGAAGUGGCCACAUCGCCAAAGACUGUAUGGAUCCUAAAAGAGACAGAGAACAGUGCUGUUACACCUGCGGCAGACCAGGCCAUUUAGCUCGUGAUUGUGACCAUCAGGAAGAACAGAAAUGCUACUCUUGCGGUGAAUUCGGGCACAUCCAGAAAGACUGUACCCAAGUCAAAUGCUACCGAUGUGGCGAGACCGGCCAUGUAGCAGUGAACUGUAGUAAGGCAAGCGAAGUGAACUGCUACCGCUGUGGCGAAUCUGGACAUCUAGCCAGGGAAUGCCCCAUUGAGGCUACUGCUUAGAUCACUCCCCUACCCCCCUCUUCUUGGUUAGUUGUAUUUUCGCUAAAAUCUCUUCAUUGACCAAAAGAUUGAUAUGGAAGCUACUCUUAGGCCAGCAAACUUUAUUUAUCACGUUAAAGGAGGAAAGGGCUGGGAGGAAAAAGUAAAAAAAAAAAAAUAUUGUAAUUAAUGUGCUGUUUCUGUACCACCCAGGAAUCCAGAUGUUGAAUAGUCAUUCUGAGCACUAGGCAAUUUCUUGGUUCUUUGGGUGUAUUUUGAUUUCCACACUUAGAAGAUAUUAGUAAACAAAUCGGAAUGAGUGUAGGAACCCAGCCCUUGAGUCUUAUCACCAUGGAAACAGAUUAAAAUAUAUUGAGUGUCCAAUGGAGGUAAAUUUCCAUAGAGAAAAAGAACACCAAGUAAGAGAAUUGAAAGUCUGUAUAUGUGGAGGGGGGAAGACAAUGUAGUUCUCUUUUAAAUUCACAAGGUCAUCCUGAGGAGAUAACAUUUCCUCAGAGAUCCAUGGAGCAAAUAAAGUUGAUUUUGGAAAUGUU